AUGGGCUGUUGUGGUUGUCUUAGUGACAUUAUUCUUGUGGUGAUCUCCGUGUUGUUUCCUCCUUUACCAGUUUGGAUCAGACGGGGUCUCUGCUCGUGUGAUUCGUUAAUUAACAUUUUGUUAUGCUUUUUAGGAUACUUUCCAGGUUUAAUUCAUUCAUGGUAUAUAAUUGCUAAGUACCCGCCUUAUUCGUUAGAAUCAAAGGUUUAUUACGUUUAUUCUGGAGACUUAGAGAGCCAGACACCAAGACAUUGCCACCAUCACCACCAUCACCACCAGAGUGAUAAUGACAGCCAAAGAGUAAUAAGCGACCAAGUUUCUGCUACAUCUGCUCCUGCUAUGACAUAUGGCUCCAUUAACGACGUGGAAGAAGGUUCUUCUUCUAAACCAAUCGCAGCACCACCGGCAUAUACUGAAAUCGAUAGAAAGUAG